CGGCCCCCUCUCCAGUUGGAGCGAGGCAGGGAAUCCGGCUGGUUCGCGCGCUGAGACCACCUGGCGCAAUCCUCUCCUCUCGGCACCGGCGUGCGCGUCCCGCGGAGGCCACAGUCAUGAGGGAAAGGCGGGCCCCCCAGCCAGUCGUGGCCAGAUGUAAACUCGUUUUGGUGGGGGACGUGCAGUGUGGGAAGACGGCGAUGUUACAGGUGUUAGCGAAGGACUGCUACCCCGAGACGUAUGUGCCCACCGUGUUUGAGAAUUACACAGCCUGCUUGGAGACGGAGGAACAGAGAGUGGAGCUUAGCCUCUGGGACACCUCAGGCUCUCCCUACUAUGACAAUGUCCGUCCACUCUGCUACAGCGACUCGGACGCAGUAUUACUGUGCUUUGAUAUCAGCCGUCCGGAGACAGUGGACAGUGCGCUCAAGAAGUGGAGGACGGAAAUCCUAGAUUAUUGUCCCAGCACCCGUGUUCUGCUUAUUGGCUGCAAGACAGACCUGCGAACAGACCUGAGCACCCUGAUGGAGCUGUCCCACCAGAAGCAGGCACCCAUCUCAUAUGAGCAGGGCUGUGCAAUAGCCAAGCAGCUGGGUGCGGAAAUCUACCUGGAAGGCUCAGCUUUCACCUCAGAAAAGAGUAUCCACAGCAUCUUCCGGACGGCCUCCACGGUGUGUCUGAGCAAGCCCAGCCCGACGCCCCCAAAGAGCCCCGUCCGGAGCUUCUCCAAGCGACUGCUCCACCUCCCCAGUCGUUCUGAACUCAUCUCUUCUACCUUCAAGAAGGAAAAGGCCAAAAGCUGUUCCAUUAUGUGAAGCGGGGGCUGGAGAGGGGAGACAACCUCCCACUCCCUCCCUCGGGUUGCAGAGGCGCGGGGAGAGGGAGGCGGAGACAAUUUAGGACACUGGACAACGAGUUUUUCAGACUGCCACGGUGAGGGCUUGGAAGGAGACAAGAAUGGGACAAGGAAAGAGCCAGGCCCGGCUUGAGGACCUGACACUAAGAAAGAACCAUCACACCCCAAGCCAGGCACUAGGUGGUGGAGGGCGUGGCUGCCCCAGUGCCCCCCACUCCAGAGGAAGAAAUGGUGUGGGGGUGUGGGGGGCAUGCUGGCCUCAUGGGCUCAGGGGUCUUACAAGAGCCUCACCUUCAGCAUCAUGCCUCUUCCACCCAGCGUUUCCAUGCAGGCCAGGGGACGGGAGGGGCCCCUGAGCCCUGCCCUUCCCCUCCGAGGAGGCCACAGAAGAGUGGAGAGUGGGGAAGCCGGGAGGCAGCUCCCUUGGGAGCUGAGCCUGGUGCUUCAUGACUGAAAUCAGAAGGACAGGAGCUGGUCAGAGCCAAUGAGAAGGAAACCUCAUCUUUGCAUAGCCCAUGCCUCAUGGGGAGGUGACAUCAUACAUUCACAUGCUUCUCACCUAAGUCCCCAGGGUCCAAGGGAGAAGCCCUGGACCCCCUUCUCUUGCAGUGUGGGGGUGGUGGUGCUGCAGGGGGCAGGGCUGGGUGGGGGUCACCAGACUUUUUCUGCCCCUAGGGCAGUACAGCUGGCAUUUGUUUUAUAGACUCUUGUCUUUGGAAUGGGGGGAGGGGGGCGUGUUUCAAUCUGUUAUAUGUUCUGUGUUUAAAGAAGAAAACCUAUUUAUUAAUGAAAAAUAUAACACAUAUAAAGAAGUUGGCUCUGUUUUCUUAGUGUCUUUCUGUUUCCUUUGAUCAUUGAUAA